UACUAAUUUGUAUCCAUUUUUUGGUAUUAAGUUUAAUCACCAAUUUGACGAUCCGUCCAUUGCAAGACUACAUUACUUCCUAAAAAGAACAUAAAAAUGAAAAUGCUAUGUAUCAUAUACUUCAUCUAAUUACAUUUCUUAAGUAAAUCAAACUCCAAAGUAAAGCAACCGUAAUUACUAAAAUCCCAUUUAAUUUUUUUCUGUUCUUUUCAAAUCUUCCUACUGGGGACCAGAAAACAACAUUGACAUUAAUGGAGGAAUAGGCUCUUCAUGAGUUGAAGCAAGUAUCAAUAAUCAUUUCUUCCUCUUUUACACGCAUAUAAACUAUAAACUUACCGCGCUGCUGCUUCUUCUAACCUCCACAAUAUUCUGGUUUGGUUAAAAACUCUGAUGGACUUAACUUUCACCCACCAACAACACAUCGAACCGAUUCCACUUACAAAUCAUUCCCCCACCCCCUCCGAUUGCUUCAACCCAUUUUCCAAUUUGGGCAACUGGGUUUCCAAGUCCGCUCGAAAACUCUGCCACAGGGCUCGAUCCUCAACUGGGUUUUGCUGCAGAGGUCUGGAGUACAGGGGAAUGGUGGUGAAUAACUCUGCGUUUUUGGAAGUUGUUGCUAUGGAAAUCGAAGCAAAAGAAGAGAAGUGCGAUGUGUUUGAGAAUGCCCACAAGGUGUCUGAUGAAAAGACUGCUUCAAAUUCAAGUUCUGAUUUGUUGAAAUCUGUGGAAACGGAGGAGGUGGAGGAACAGAGUUCGAAAGAUGAAGAGUCGUCUUCUUCUUCUUCUUCUUCUUCUUCUUCAACAUCGGCAGCUUCAAUGGGAUGGCCUCUUCACAAAAGGGUGGGUGAAGGUGAAGAAGACGGAGUGGAGAAAGAAGUGUCAACAGAUUCAGAAAUGGAGAUGAUGAAAGAGAGGUUUUCAAAGCUGUUGCUGGGUGAAGAUAUGUCAGGGAGUGGAAAUGGAGUCUGUACUGCUUUGGCUAUAUCCAAUGCCAUUACUAACCUCUGUGGCAGUGUAUUCGGACAGUUAUGGAGAUUAGAACCUUUGGAGGCAGAGAGAAAAGCAAUGUGGGGAAGAGAAAUGGAAUUUUUGCUUUGUGUUAGUAAUCACAUUGUUGAAUUGAUUCCCAUUUGGCAGACAUUCCCAGAUGGAACCAAGCUUGAGAUCAUGACUUGCCGCCCCCGUUCAGAUCUUUACGUCAAUCUCCCAGCUCUUCGCAAACUAGACCACAUGCUCCUCGAUAUGUUGGACAGUUUUGUUGAUUCUGAGUUCUGGUACAUUGAUCAAGGGAUCCUUGCCACGGAUCAGGCCGAUGCCUCUUCCUCUUUCCGUAAACUUCUCGAGCGCCAAGACGACAAAUGGUGGCUCCCCAUUCCAAGAGUUCCCAAUGGAGGCCUCUCUGAAGCUUCAACAAGGCACCUACACCACAAGCGAGACUGCACUAACCAAAUUCUUAAAGCUGCCAUGGCCAUCAACUCUGUUACUUUAGCUGACAUGGACGUCCCCAUUUCAUAUUUGGAAGCUCUUCCAAAAAAUGGAAGAGCUAGCUUGGGAGAAGCGAUUUACAAGUACAUUUCUUCAGAUGAAUUUUCCCCUGCUUGGUUAUUGGAAUGUCUAGACAUAUCUUCCGAACACCAAGCCAUAGAGAUAGCCAACCGAGUUGAGAGCGCAAUGUAUGCAUGGCGCAGCAAAGGAAUAGCCUCCAAUAAUUCAAAAUCAUCUUGGGAAAUGCUUAAAGAACUAAUGAUCGAUGCAGACAAGAGCGAAGUAUUAGCUGAAAGAGCAGAAUUAGUACUUCUUUGUCUCAAGCAACAGUUUCCUAAUCUCCCUCAGACAAGCCUAGACAUGAGCAAAAUCCAAUACAACAAGGAUGUUGGGAAGGCUAUUUUAGAGAGCUAUUCGAGAGUGCUGGAGAGCUUGGCUUAUAACAUUGUGGCACGUAUUGAGGAUCUGCUUUAUGUGAAUGAAUUGACGAAGCAUUCAGAUCAAAUUCCUGGGAUUUCCCAACUGGGAAUUGUUGCUCAUAAUAGCAGUAAUCGAAUACAAAUCUCCGUGCCAUUUUCUACUUCUCCUUACAACACAAAAUUCAUAAAACCCAGUUUUUCGGCCGUCGAUCUUGUUGGAACCAGAUCGCCUACACCCAAACCUCCCCAAUGUGGUCUUGAAGAAUCUGAGAAAUCUGAGUUGAACAAACCACAAGAUUUGACGAACUGACUAAUUACUAAAUUCUCUGUAGAAUAACACAACACAAAGGUUCAAGGAAAACCACACUCCAUCUGCUGUAAAUUUGGGUUAUCAUUAUGAAUAUUUGUUUAAGAAAUAUACUUCAUUAUUACGUUAAAUGCACCCUCCAAUUUCAAGCGGUCGUUGUAGUAUAGUGGUAAGUAUUCCCGCCUGUCACGCGGGUGACCCGGGUUCGAUCCCCGGCAACGGCGUUUCUUUUUAUAUUUAUCUUCCUUCUUAUAAUCUCGAAGUUGUAGGAGACGGGUUCGACCCUCCCAAGUGCCAAAUGUUAAAAUCUACAAUUGUUCACUUUAUUAUUAUUCUUUUUUA